AUGUUGAUCAUCUUGGUGUUGGUCGCGAUUGGGGGAGCCGAGGCCUCGGAGUUCCCGGCGGAGUUCGAGGACGAGCCCGUCUAUCCGAUACGGCCCAAGCUUAUCUCGCAGUCGGUCAAACUGGACGAGCUUCCGACGAGGGUCGUUAGGAUCACCAAAACUGUGGCCGUCAAGAUUCCUGUUCCCUAUCCCGUCCAGAUUCCCCAUCACAUUCCGAUACCAGUAGCCGUUCAUCAUCCGAUUGCCGUACCAGUGCCGCAAAUAGUGAGGGUUCCACAACACCAAAUAGUUGAGGUCCAAAAGCCAGUUCCCGUCGAGCUUCCGCAGCAGGUGCCCGUGUACUUGACUAAGCCGUUGGCGCUGCCGUACCCCGUACCCGUGCCCCAGCCGAUCGCCAUAAACAAACCGGUCUACUAUCCGGUGCCCCACCCGAUUCCCUACCACCAACAGUAUAAUCACGCCGAACACGAUCAUCCGCACGACGUUCACGCCAGUCUGUUGGCCGGUCCGGCUGACUUUGAAGAAAAAAGAUGGGCCGAAAACGAGAGGGUUCGGCAUUUAGCGGCGAGCCAGCAUUUGGCUCGUGAGUUCCAGGCGUCUCAACCGGACUACGCCAAUGCGGAUUGA